AUGGAUCUCUCUGCUUUGCCAAAUAACAACCAUCCUGACAAAUUCCUACAGCUUGAUGUGAAGUUGUUAAUGAGGAACUCAGCCCUUCUGCAAGCCAGCCUGGCGAGGUUUCCGGGUGGGAGCUACCCCGCUGCACAGCACUGGCAAAACCUCGUCUACUCGCAGAAACAAAAGAAGAAUCUCACUGCUCAACACAUGAGGGGAUUCAGUAUGACGGGUGCUAUCUCUGCAGAAAGGCCCCCACCAUCUCUCUCAUCAGUUCUAAAGAAUAACCCACUAUAUGGUGACAUAAGUUUGGAGGAAGCUAUGGAAGAAAGGAAAAAGAAUCCUUCGUGGACCAUCGAGGAAUAUGACAAGCGUUCCCAGCACACAAACCUUUCUGGGCAUCUGAAGGAAAACCCUAAUGACCUACGGUUUUGGUUGGGAGACAUGUACACACCUGGAUUUGAUACAUUAUUGAAAAAGGAGGAGGAACAAGAGAAGCAUUCAAAAUACUGUCGAAUAGGUCUGAUUUUGCUCCUCGUUGCCUGCAUCUUGGUCUCCAUAGUGACUGUUAGCACAUUUUUCACCUAA